AUGUCCGAUCCCUUGUCAUUGGCAGCUAGCAUCGCGGGACUCAUCUCGCUGGCUGAUGUCACCUUCAAGUAUACCUACAAAUUUGUGAGAGCCGCUAAAGAUGCAAAACCCGAUGUAUCGGCCCUCGCCGACGAGAUCAAUAACCUUGGAAGUGUCCUCCGAGUUCUCGAGGCCCUGGCCUCUGAUAUGGAAGCAGAAGGAGAUCAAUUUGAUCCGACGCUAAGAAAUCACUACCUCAAUCACUGCUUCAAAACUUUGAGCCGUAUCGAAAUGACGACAAAGAAAGCUACAGAACGCUUCGUACGCUCAAAAGUUGAUAGCAUCUACCAACACCUCAAAUGGCCUUUCUCCUCCUCUGAAACAAAUAACCUACUGGACGAGCUCUCCCGUCACAAGGAGACAAUCAACAUGGCUUUGGCGGCUGAUUCGAUGCAAAAACUACAAACAUCGCUCACGAAAAUGGACAAGCUCGGAGAAAGCAUCUCUAAGAAGCAGCAAGUCCUCAGUUAUUUCAUGAAGGCGGACCCGCAAGAUAAUCUGGCAACCAGCAUUAAACUGCGACAUUCAAUGACAGGCCUCUGGUUGACAGAAUCUACAGAUUUCGUUCGCCGGAUAGAGACACCUGGGUCCAAACUCUGGUUGACUGAAAUUGUGUACACCUUGCAAGAGGCAAAGAACGAGGAAGAUCGCCGAGAACAUGGAAAGCGUCAAGGAUCCGAGAAGACGUGGGACCACUUGGCAACAGCAUUGGAGAGAGCGGUUAGGGCGUAUGACUACUCAGGUAUAACGUCUCUUAUGGAUUCAGGGUGCCCAAUCGAUAUUCACAUGCCUACAAAACAGGGAGGGCCAGCACUUAUACUGGCACUGGAGCUAGAGAGGCCGGCCAUGGUGAAAUGGCUUUUGGAACAUGGUGCAAGCGUACUGUCUGCCAAGUAUACAAACGGAGUCGAGGAUAGUGUUAUCGAGAUUGCAUCGACUCGAGCCAUCUUCAGCAACCAACUGACGGACAUCGUGGGGAGGGGAAAGGAUUUGAGUGCAAUACUCAACCGUCAAUCAUUGUCCGUAUUUCAUGGCACAAAGAACUGGCGAUCAGGAACACACCACGCGUUUACAACGCCAUUGCAUAUUGCUUCUUGGCUCGGAAACAAGUCGGGAGUGUCUCUGAUGGUAAACCAUGGUGCUCUUGUGGACGCAUCAGAUGACAAUGGUUGGACGCCGCUGAUGUACGCUCGGUCUGUCGACAUGGCCUGUCACUUGAUUAGACUUGGAGCUUCAACAUCAACACUCUGCAGGUUUGGAUCACUUACUUCCAUGAUUCGCUGGUUUGGACCUGAGCUCUUCCAAGAGCUCUACGAGUUACUACCAAGCGGAUUGUCAGAGGAACUCUUGGAUCAAAGAUCACCACAACAAUUUCCAGCCGCCUGUGACGAUAUCCCGAUGACAGAGGCAAUCCUUGGAAACAUGAGCGAGCUUCAACAAGACCUUCUCGCGGAAGAUCAUGCUGGGCGGAGUUUGAUGCAUUGUAUCGUCUGUGAAGAUGAUCUAUUCUACUUCGCGCUCAACAACUAUCCGGACCUGGCGGACAUAGGCCCCUUUCCAUGGCAUUUGGAAUGGCGGUCCUUCUCCAGCUUGGCGUUCUUGACGUCAAGUUUCCGUAAGUAUCGGCGGUAUGUGCCUUUAGAAUCUUUCAAGACAUUCUUGAAUCUUGAACCAUCUCGAGGCUGGAGUCCUUUGUGUCGCGCUGCGGCAUCGAACAUCGUUACAAUUCUCGAGAACUGCCUGGCCAUCGGCGCAGACAUCGAUUUCGAGGGCUGCCCCCUUAGAUCGGCGGUCAUGAUUGCAAGUGCAUGCGGCAGUCUCGAGGCAGUCCGAUUCCUAGUUCGACAAGGGGCAUCAGUGACUUAUACUUCCGAGGAUCGAUUCAAGAGUUGUUACUUACUUGCAGGGACACAGCCAGUGAAGGACUGGCUACUUGUUGGUCGAUACAGGGAUGUGAUGAUCCUGACUGAUGGGAGUGACACUGCUCCAACAAAAGAAGAAUCACUCUGGAGUGGAUAUGAGAAAGUAAAAGUGGUGUUGUAUGGGAAGAGAGCAAGGGGACCUGAUGAAUCUGAAAGGGAUUAUCGAAGAAGACUGGCAAGACUCAAGAGAAGCUUGCAUGGGAAUAUUGUGUACUCUAAUGUGCACAAGCCGACAGCUGGAACUGGGACCGAACUUGCAGGCAGAAGCGGUCUCUGA